UUAUAAUAUUAGCGAUCGGCUUAAGGCGGAAUUUACAAAAAUCAUAUACGAUUAGGUCGAGUUUGAUAUCGUUACUGGUCGUCAUAGUAGUCAUUGGAAUGGAUGCCUCUGUAUCGCUUCUGCAUACCUUUAGGCGCAAUAUCACCAUACCGGUUUAUAUGAAUUUCAUCGUAUUCGCUAUAUACUGCUUCAUGCCGAUUGUCAGCGAUAUUUAUGCGAUUGUUUUGGGACUUUUGGCAUCUGCAUUUUACGUGGUCUUUUUGAAAUUACAAGUCUAUUUUUGGACAGAGCAGGGUUCGAAAAGUUUCGAUUACACAAAAGGCACCGCUGAAUACAUAGCGUUAUGUUGCAUGAAUUUAUUUGGCAUAUUUAUGCGUUUGGCACGCGAAGUGAAUACACGCAUGACAUUUCUGGAUAAACGUCAGUGCAUCGAAGAGGAUCUACUGUUUCAUGCUGCUAAAGAUCAGGAGAAAAGUCUCUUAUUGAGCAUGAUUCCACAACAGAUCGCAAAACAAAUGGAGGACGAUGUCAAGCUGCGCAUUGAGCUUAUGAAAAAUCCAGACUACGCACAUUCGUUGGAGAAAAUAAGAAAGCUUUUCAUAGAGCCUCACGACGAUGUCACAAUUCUUUAUGCGGACAUAGUCAACUAUACCAAGCUCACAACAACGUUGAAUGCGAAAACGCUUGUGGAGACGCUACACGAACUCUUCGUGCGUUUCGAUGACGGCGCACAGGAGUUAGACGUCUUGAGAAUACAGUUCUUGGGUGAUUGUUAUUAUUGUGCCGCGAACGUUUCUACACCCAACGAAGAGCACGCCAGAGCUUGUGUGAAACUCGGACUCCGCAUGAUUGAAGACAUACGUGAAGUGGGAGAGCAUAGAAAUUUAGGUAUUGAUAUGCGCAUUGGCGUCCAUUCUGGUAGUGUCUUAUCGGGCGUAAUCGGUGCCACCAAGUGGCAAUUUGAUAUAUAUUCGAAAGAUGUCGAAAUCGCCAAUCAGCUAGAAAGCACUGGCUUACCAGGUAGGGUGCAUAUAAGCAAGCAAACUUUGGAACGGCUGGAUAAACGAUUUCAAUACGAACCGGGUACAAAGGCGGCACGCUUUGAUCCACUCUUGCGAAGAUACCAAAUCACCACAUUCUUAAUCAUUAAACCCGUGGUUGACGUGGGUACAAGACGAUCCGUCUUUACACGAGGACUGUCCGCUGAUGAGGAAUUUAAAGAUGUUGAUUCAGCGCAAAAAAUGAGAACCCUAGUGCAUUUCGAGAUGAAUCAAGAAAGUUGCAAAUUUCCAAUUUUCGGUUUGGUGCAGCAAUAUAGAAAACUGUUAUUUGGACAACGUUCACGCGGCAGGGGAAGUGAAAGUGAAAAGUCCACCUUUUAUGCGAACAUUUCAUGGCUCUUUAUGUGCUACAAGAAUUGGCGUUGGGAGUAUAACUUCAUGCAACAGUCCGAUAUACUACACAAAUACAGCGUUCUGGUAGCCAUGUUAGUCASCUGGGCCCUUAUACUAAUACAAUACUACAACACAGUACAAAUUUCGAUAUUUUGGGAUUUGGCUAUUUGCACAGUUGUCUUGUUUCUAUUCAUCUUUUGUUUGGUGUGGUAUAGAAAAGUGUGGGCAUACUUUUAUGGUUCACCUUUAAUAUCGGGACCCAAACAACGGCUCAGCUACUGGUUAUUCAAACUUUCAGAUAGAGCACAAAGAAACUUCAAGUUUCGUACCAUCGUAUAUUUGUUAAUAGUACUGCUGCAAUUCUCUUUGAUUACAAUGCAAAUGCUAGAUUGCAAUCAGUUCCGAGUUGUGAAUGAAGUUAUCGAGACACAUGCAAAUCAGAAUGACAUAAAUAACGUAUGCUUUACGCCUUGGGCUGUCACCGAGUCUGUGGUGAUCCAUGUCGGUACAAUAUUUUUAUUUACGCACAUUUCUUACAUUUUAAAAUGGAUUAUUGCUCUCUCGGUGACAAUAAUUUAUGUAAUUGUUGUAUUUGCGGUCUAUGAUUUCUUGUACGAAUAUAGCGUAAGUUCCAAUCCAUAUUUCUUUCCCGAAUUCGCACAUAUAAUGGUGCUGUGUAGAACCGCUUGGAUAUUCCAUAUAAUGAACAGAGAAAUUGAAUUUAUUACACGAAUGGACUUUAAUUGGAAACAUGAGUUGAGAAAGAAAAAGGAAGACGCAAAAUUUACAAACCAAACCAUUUCAAUUUUGAUUGCUAAUAUUUUACCAUCUCAUAUAGUGAAUAUUUACAUGAAAGAUCAGUUGACGAGCGAACUCUGCUAUGAGGAAUAUGAAAACGUAGCAGUGAUGUUUGCGACUAUACGGAAUUACGACACAGAACAGGUUGGAAUGCGUGUUUUGAAUGAAAUUAUUUGCGAUUUUGAUGAAGUGCUAAGCACCUAUCAGGGCUUCGAUAAGAUUGAGAAAAUCAAAGUUGCUGGUUGGACAUAUAUGGCUGCAUGUGGUUUGAAUGCCGGUAACUCAAUGGUUAAAAGAAAUCGAGUAUUCUCCACAACAUCAUCCGAUGACGGUAUGAAUGCAGCUUUAUCGAGAAGUAUAUUCUCAGGCUUAAAUGUAGCUCCAAGUGUUGUACUUAAUCAGGAUAGUACAGCUGAGGGAAAUGAAGUUGUAUUUAUUAUGUUGAACUUUGCUUUAGAUCUACUGCAAAAAAUGAAAGAAUUCAACGAGGAGAAUAUUCAAAGUGACGACAAGAAGCGUACCCUAGGUGCUUUACGUAUUGGCAUAUCGAAUGGUCCUGUUAUGGCCGGCGUUGUAGGCUUGUACAAACCAUUUUACGAUAUUUGGGGCAAUGCGGUUAAUAUGGCCUCACGUAUGGACUCUACCGGUUUAGAGGAUUCAAUUCAGGUUACUGAAGAAACAGCACGUAUAUUGAAGGCAUUCAAUGUUCAAUGUACAUAUAGAGGACAGACAUAUGUUAAGGGGCGUGAUUUUAUUCCCACUUAUUUUGUAACAAUUGAUGACGAUUUGAAUUACGUGCGACUAACAAGUGAUAAAACCGAAACCGGCUUUGAUAUUGACACGGCAUAA